CCAGAGGGCAGCUCGGCUCAAAAACAUAACCUAACUUUUGUGUUUCUCAAAUUGUUUUGAAUUGUUUUUCUGGAAAAAAGAGUGAAUUUGGAAAUAAAAGUGGUUGGAAAAUGUCCAACACAAUUGGGAGAUUGAAAAGUUUGAAGAAGGCCGUGGAUAAAGUGAGUCACACUUCGAAAUUGCGGACAAAUAUCCCUGCAGGAAUGGCAGUGGCAAGUCCUCCACUCGGCCCAAUGUUGGGACAACGAGGCAUCAACAUUGCAGCCUUCUGCAAGGAUUUCAACGAACGCACGAAGGAUAUGAGGGAGGGAAUCCCCCUUCCAUGCCGGGUUUCUGUAAAAUCUGACCGAUCCUACGAGCUGGUGAUUCACAAUCCCCCUUGCACUUUUUUCGUGAAGCAAGCGGCAGGGAUAAAGAAAGGCGUUAUGAGUCCGGGAAGGGAGAUUGGUGGGAAAAUCACCUUGAAGCAUGUGUACGAGAUUGCUAAGAUUAAAAUCCAAGAUCCUCCAAAUGCCCUUUUGACGCUGGAGCAGAUGUGCAAUAUGGUAAUCAUCGCUGCCCGGACAUGUGGGAUUGAAGUUGUGCGGAACUUGGAUCCGGAAGAAUACGCGCAGUUCCUGGAGGAACGGAAGCUCGUAGUGGAGGACCAGAAGAAGGAGCUGCAGGAGAAGAGGGAGGCUAAAAUGCUCAGGACAGGAUAGUAAUUUUUUUCAAUUGAUUAGCAAUAAAGUAAUUUUUAUUUAAUCA